AUGGCAAGUCUCUGGCUGUCACUAACAAAGUUGGGGAAUAACAACUACCUGCAGUACUCACUCGCCAGAUCAGAUUAUCCCUUCUACGGGAUUGACUAUCCUGGUGGUAAGGCAACAGGAAGGUUCACUAAUGGAAGGACAAUUGGCGAUAUAAUAUCUGAAAAGCUUGGAAUUUCAUCACCGCCGCCUUACCUUUCCUUGUCUCCAAAUGAUGACGCACUCCUUGAGGGGGUAAACUAUGCCUCUGGCGGAGCAGGAAUUCUCAAUGACACAGGGCUUUACUUUGUAAUUACUGUUUCCUCUCUCUUCAUAUUGGUUCUAGUAAGCAGAAGCGCCAACGAUUAUGUCAACAACUUCCUGCAACCAUUUUUGGCAGAUGGGCAGCAGUACACUCACGAUGAGUUUGUGGGACUUCUAAUGGCAACCUAG